AUGCAGCCGUCGGCCGCCGCGACGGCCCCGCCCGCGCAGAUCGAUGACGUAGAAGCGGUGGGGAAGAAAGGAGCUACAAUGAAGGUGCGAGCUGGAUUCUACCGCAAACUCCUCCUUCCCAAGGGCAAGCCUACGCUUCUAACCCCAGAAGUUCUCAAGUAA